AUGAAAUGUAAUGGCAUAAUAUUCUUCCUCAUUCUAAUAGCUCGGACUUUAUGCUUUGAUGGAAACAAUUCAAUAAUACUGAGUUUAUCCCAAUCAUUUAGUUCGAUUAUUGUCACCGAAUUGGGAGAUAAAGUAAUUUACGAUAUGUAAUUACCACAAUAGACCUUCUUCUUAGCUGCCAUAAUGUCAAUCAAAUAUAAUCGAAUAGCAGUUUUAAUUGGCUCCACUCUUGCCCUUAUUCUAAUUACCACCCUAAGCACCAUUUUUGGACUAGUGAUUCCUGAGUUGAUUUCAAUCCUAUAUGCAAAAAUUAUGGUUUCCAUAGUUUUUUAUGGUUUCGGAAUUAGGUUUCUAUACACGUGGUACACCAUGAAAAAGGAGAAGGAAGAUUUGCAAGAGGUGGAGUAGGAGUUAACAACCUUGGAUAAAAAGUUGAUGAAUUUGCCAGAUCCUGAGACGGAUUAAGUUAACGACAACGUAACGAAAAGUAAGAAUCUCGCUAUGGACACUAGAUUUCAUAUAAGUACAAUUCUAAUAAGUGGUUUGGUAAGCUUUUACUUUAACGCUUUUGGGAGAAUGGGGAGAUAAAAGCCAAAUUACAACCAUUAGUCUAUCAUCAAUCUAUAACCCCUAUUACAUUUUCUUAGGUGCCAUAGUAGCCCAUUUUAUAUGUACAGUCAUUGCAGUUCAUGGAGGAAAAUUGAUUGCAAAUAAGUUAUCUGAAAAAAAUUUCAAUUUUCUUGCAGGCAUUACCUUUCUUUGUAUAGCACUAAUAAACACCUAUAUCGCAAUAUGUUUAUGA